AUGGAUGCCAGAGCAGGGAGUAACCGGGCUGUGGUAGUGUCCGUGGCCCAGUUUGACCCCGGCGUGAGUCUGGGGGACAGGGCCGGAGCCCAGAAAGACGCCAAGAGGCUUCACGGCACCCUCAGCAGGCGAGGCUUCGAGGUGGAGCUGCACAGCGACCUGAGCGGUGACGAAAUCUACGAGCUGUUUGUGCAAGAGAGCAGGCGGCCCGUGAAGGACUGCUUCCUGGCUGUCUUGUCGUCUCACGGGGAGGAGGACUGCGUAUUCGGAGCCGACGGCAAACCCGUCCGGCUGUCUCGGAUCUUCGCAUAUUUUGACAACGAGUGCAUGGAGAAUAAGGCCAAAGUGUUCCUCAUACAGGCGUGUCGCGGAGACGCUCUGGAUGAUGGAGUGGAGGUGGACUCGGCCGGUGACGCCACCGACUGCAGCUUCUCCCUCCACCUCUCAGUUCCUGUAGAUACAGCUGUGAUGUAUGCCACGCCCCCAGGUUACGGAGCCUUCAUGAGCCCGCUUGGAUCCGUCUUCCUUCAGACGUUCUGCACUUUGUUGGAGGACGAGGCCCAUCAGAACCUGGAGCUGACUCGCCUGAUGACCCGCCUCUCCCACAGGGUGGCCUACACCUUCCAGGCCAAAGGUCGUGAGCUGGGCGGGAAGAAAGAGAUGCCGUGCUUCCUGACACGACUGACCAGAGAGGUGUUCCUGUCCUCAGAGUCAGAGAGAGAAGAUCUCUGAUCCUGGGAAAGGUUUUCCUAAAGUUCUUGAAGAUGUUGUGUCACCAUUUUUUGAGAAGUUUCACAAACUUCAGCUGUUCAUUGAUCCACUUUAAUGCGACUGCAAUA